AGGAGGUCCAUUUGGAAAUUAACAUCAUCAUUGAUAAAUCUAUCAUCCUUAUUGCUCAUUUAGUCAUUUGACAAAUUUAAGCACUAUGUACUCUAUCAAAUUAAUCCCCUCCCAUUUCAUAGUUGAACAACCUACAAACCAACUUUUUUGGACCUUACAAAAUUGAAAAAUUGAAUCUUUUUCUUUUUGAAGGUGAAACUGGGAGUCUAAUCCUCUUCCACUCCUCAUAAACCCUUUUUCAUAAUUUCAUUUUAAAAAAUCAAUCUUUAUUUUCUUUUCGCAACAUCAAACUUUUCGUGUACAAAGUUCUAGACGUGUACAACACAGAAUCUUUAAUAAAAAGUUAUUGGCUUUUCGCUUCAUGGGCAUUGUUUUAUGCAAAUAAACGAGUUGCCCACCAACUGUUUGUUGAAAGUUCUCACUAAAAAGGCAAAAGGGAUACCAUUUCUUGCAUAUUGCACCAAAUUGUGAACUGAAUUUAGUGUUCUUUGUGGAGAAGAGAGGACUUCAAAGGGCUCGAACCGAGGUUCAUGGUACAACUCCUAGGGACUUUACUAGCUGACAGUCAUAGAGUGUAUUAGAGUACAAUGCAAAUAAAUGCCAGACUUUAAAGCAUGGUGUGAGCUCAUAAGGGCUCAAUCUAUUAGUGGGAGACAUGAUGAAGUUCUAUCACUUUUCGUUUCGAAGUUACGUGCUCCAUUUGGCUAUAAACCUGAUCACCUUGUGUUGCAAACUGUUUUGAAAUCAUGUGCUAUCCUACCAUCUCUUAAUGUGGGAAGGGCUCUUCAUAGUGUUGUUGUUAAACUAGGUCAUCUUUCCUGUUUGUCUGUAUCUAAGAGACUGCUUAAUGUGUAUGCCAAAGGUAAAGCCUUUAAUGACUGUAAGAAACUGUUUGAUCAGAUGCCAAAAUAUGAUACUGUUGUUUGGAACAUUGUAUUGGCUGGGUUAGCUGGGUCCCGCGUCCACGACCAGGAAGUGAUGAGACUAGUACAUAGUAUGCACACUUGCCAGGAAACUGAACUGAGCCCUGUAAGUAUUGCUAUCAUUCUUCCUGUUUGUGCCCGCUUGAGGAGUUUGAAUGCUGGUAAGAGCAUACAUUCUUGUGCUAUAAAAUCUGGAUUGGCAUCCGAAACACUUGUGGGAAAUUCACUUGUUUCAAUGUACGCGAAAUGUGGGCUGGUCCAUGAUUGUGCAUAUGCAUCUUUUUGUGAGAUUAAUGAUAAAGAUGUGAUCUCAUGGAAUGCACUAAUUGCAGGUUUUUCUGAGAGUGGGUUUUGUAAUGAUGCUUAUGUGUUUUUUAGACAUAUGUUGUUGGGGCCUGUGGCACCAAACUACGCCACUCUAGCAAGUAUUCUACCUGUAUGUGCUACUUUAGAUAGAGAUAUUGCUCACAAUUUGGGGAGAGAGUUACAUGCUUAUGCUCUUAGACAUAGCGAGCUGCAAAAGGAUGUUUUUGUUGUCAAUGCUCUUAUGAGCUUUUACUUGAGGAUGGGUGUGUUGGAAGGUGCAGAAGCAUUGUUUGCUGGUAUGACAUCAAGGGAUCUUGUUUCAUGGAAUGUUAUUAUUGCUGGUUACGCCUCAAACAAUGUGUAUUCUAAAGCCGUCCACUUGUUUCACAAUCUAGUUUCAGAGAAAAUGCUGAAGCCAAACUCUGUUACUCUUAUUUCUGUCCUCCCUGCUUGUGGCCAUCUGCAAAAUGUGCAGAUGGUUAAGCAGAUUCAUGGAUAUAUUUUUCAAUUUCCAGCUUUAUAUGCUGACACAGCAGUUAAUAACGCGCUGAUUAGUUCAUAUGCUAAAUGUGGCGACUUAGAUUCAUCUUUUAGGACAUUUAGGAUCAUUUCUCAGAAGGACCUGAUCUCCUGGAACUCAAUGCUUGAUGCUUUUGCUGAGAGUGGAUGGGAAUCACGGUUGGUUAAUCUUUUACACCAGAUGUUUGAAGAGGAUUUUGGACCAGAUUCCAUCACUAUAUUAACCUUGAUUCGGUUUUAUGGAAGUGUUUCAAGACUAUAUAAGAUUAGAGAAGUUCACGGUUACUUACUAAGGGCAUGUCUUUGUCAAAACACGACUCAACCUACACUAGGUAAUGCUUUACUUGAUGCCUAUGCUAAAUGUGGUUAUAUGGAUUAUGCUCGCAAGAUUUCUGGAAUACUAUUGAGUGAAGGGAGGCUGAAGUGGGAUGCAGCAAAACCAGGAUCUGUGAGUUUUGAGUGUGUGUCUCAAAAUGAUCUUAUGACAUCGAAUUUGUUGAUCCGAGCUUAUGUGGAGAACAAUUGCCUGGAACAGGCUGUUGCUCUGUUGUCUGAGUUACAAGUUAAAGGUGUGAAACCUGAUGCUACAACCAUUAUGAGUAUUCUACCCAUGUGUGCUAAAAUGGCUUCAGCACAUUUGCUGAGGCAGUGCCAUGGAUACAUGAUCCGAGCUCGUAUUGAUGAUGUUCAAUUGGGAGGAACAAUGAUAGAUUUAUACUCAAAAUGUGGCAGUUUAAGCUUAGCUAAUAAACUUUUUUGGUCAAGUUCCCAUAAGGACCUAGUCAUGAUAACGGCUCUAAUUGGUGGGUAUGCCAUGCACGGUUUGGGAAAAGAAGCACUUGUGUUGUUCAGUCACAUGCUUGUGUUAGGUAUGAAGCCAGAUCAUAUAGCUCUCACAGCUAUCUUGUCAGCCUGCAGUCAUGCUGGACUUGUUGAUGAGGGGUUGAAGAUUUUUCAUUCAAUAGAGAAGGUUUAUGGAGUGAAACCUACCAUGGAGCAAUAUGGUUGCGUUGUGGAUCUUCUUGCUCGACGAGGUAAAAUUAAGGAUGCGUAUACUUUUGUCACUGAGAUGCCUGUAAAAGCGAAUGCAAAUAUAUGGAGCAUAUUGCUUGGUGCAUGCAGGACCUAUGAUGAGGUGGAACUGAGUCAGAUUGUUGCUGAUCAACUUUUUAGUACAGAAGAUAGUGAUAUUGGGAGUUAUGUGGCAAUGUCAAAUCUUCAUGCUGCAGAUGAAAAGUGGGACGGGGUGUUGAAGAUCAGAAAACUGAUGAAGACUAGAGAUUUGAAGAAGCCUGCUGGAUGUAGUUGGAUUGAAGUUGAUAGAAGGAGAAGAAUAUUUGUAUAUGGUGAAUCUUCCCAUCUAGAGACAGAUGCAAUCUACAGCACAUUGUUGGCCUUGGAUAAAAAAGUUAAUGAGCCACUCAUUAUUGGAUAAUUGACGGUAGGGAUUAGUGAAUAGGGAGACAAAUUUCAAUCAAAUUUAUUAGCUUGGGUCAUCAAGGCUGCAUGCUGAUUGUUUGCAAAUUUAUGGAUGUGAGGUGAGUAGAAUAAGCUAGCUCACACAUGAUACACUUAUAAGGAUUUUAUAAAAGUGAUUAGCUACUUCUGAUGUUAGUUACUUCUGAUGACUUGCAAUGCAACAAGAAGUUAGAUGUCUUGGUUAAAUUUUUUGUUAUAUGUGCUGAUACUUGAUUGUUGCUGAGACUUGUGAAUCUACAUGUUACGAAAGUACUUUGUUUUCCUUCUUUCUGAAGCCAAUCUUUAGAAAAAAAAAUCCGGGGGAAGGAGGGAUGGCUUGUUAAGGUAAUCCUGGCCUCUGCUGAUCCAUAAAAAAACACCAAUAAUGAGAUCUUUUUCCUGGAAUGUGUCCUUUGUUUCCAUACAAUUUGUUGGAGGUGAGAAUGAAGCUGUGGUUUUUGGAGCUCGAUUCUGCCUAGUGAAAAGGAACAAAUAAGUUCCCUUUCAUCUUCAGACCCUUCUGUCACGGUCCUGUCUUACUCUCUAUCCUAGUCUCCUAGGUUCCCAGUGUGGUGCCUGAUAAAGAGGAAUAGCUUAUAUGGCUGAUGUUUGAAGACAAUGGUCAACUGAAGCCCACAGCCGUGUAUAAAAGGUCAUUAUUGAUGAUAUGUUCUGUGGUAAAGUUUUAAAAACUCAGUUUGUUUGUGCAAAAAAUCCAUUGGAUACACAUGCCCUGGUGGCCUAUUCAGAAGCUGCUGGUUCACCUCUGCUGCUACCUCUUUCAGCUAAAGAUAAGCUUGAGAAAAUCUUGGUUGGGGUAGUCAUUGGGCUUUUUUGCCGAACUCUGUUCCCUGACGAAGAGGGUGAGAAUCUAUGCUCCUGAAAAUGUUGCUGUCCAUGCUUUAUAUUCAAAGCUGUUACUUCAUGUACUGCUGCUGCUGCUGCUGCUGCUGCAUCUGAUGAGCCUGUAAGGCGUUGGACAACGUCCUUGAAAGUCGUGGUGUCGGCUUGUACAAACGUUGUUAAUGCUUUCGGCUCAUUCACAGUCUUUUUUCCUGACAUCUCCAUUUCUGUGACGAAAUGCAGAGAAGUUUCGAGCCUAGCAACCCCGGUUUCUGCAACAAGUUCAGUAUUGAUCGUACCUUGAUAACAAAACCCGGGGAACUAGGAAGGCGGUGUACGUUAUGCCUGCAUUCGUUUCCUCGAAAAGGCGAGAACGAGAGCGAGGAGGAAGAAGGAAGAAGACAGAGAGAGAGAAAAAAAGGAGAGAUGGAAGAGGAAGGGAAGCAAUAGAGACGUUAAGAAUUCAUAUUACAACUCAAGAAGGCAGUUGAGACAAAGCAAAAUGCAACCGCAAAGCAAUCGAACUAUUUGCUGUGCCCACAUCACAUGAAUGAAACUAUGAAAGGGAAGCUUUUUUUCUGUUUUUUUUUGUUGGAUGUUUUAACCAAAGUUAUCUUGAUGAAUGGUUGCACUAAUCCAAUAGUGCAACUCCUUCACAAGUAAACAACAACAACCCCUAAAAAAUGGGGGAGUUUUGGAACUACAAUAUUUUUUCCGUACGAAAUAGUUUUAUUUAUAUUAGUGGGAUUCUGAAAGGUAAUUGGUUGCGCCACAUAGGGUGUUGUUGUGUACUAUGUGUCUUUGUGUAGUAAUUACAAGGAUAUUCUUGGCGGGCGUCAAUGAAGUUUGUCAUUUUCUUUUAUAUAAUGGUGGAAUACUGAAAGGUAAUUGGUUA